AUGAACUUGUUAUUUGGAAAUAGCGCGAACCCGAAGACAACAAGCAAAUUGCGAAACGAAGCAAAGAAGGACGAUUUUGAGAAGGUGGCAAAUGAGGAAGGGCCGGCGCGACGUGUCGAGUUGAGUGCAAUGCCAUACUCCGGGGUCAUACAAAUGUCCGACUCGCUUCUGACUGCGCCUUCUUGCGAGCUUUUUUGUCUUUGUCCUUUUGUUUUCAUUCUCCGUUCCGUCUGUCCGUGUAUGGUCAUGAUUGUUUCAGGAGCAUUCCUCUCCGACGGCUCCAUCACUUGA